CAAUAAACAUCAUCCUUCUUCAUCACUGGAUAAAAUUUCCAACUUCUGAAACUGAGAUGGCAUUGGUCAAACAAAAAUUUAUGAGUUUAGGUGGCUUUCCGGGAGUGAUAGGUGCUAUUGAUGGAACUCACAUUCCUAUAAUUGCACCAUCACUUAAUGAUCCCGAUCAUAAGGAAUUUACAUAUAUCAAUCGAAAGGGAUAUCAUUCCAUAAAUACCCAAAUAGUGUGUGAUCCCGACAUGAAAAUAAUUAGCGUUAACGCAAAAUUUCCUGGAUCAACACAUGAUUCAUUUAUAUGGAAAAGCUGCAACUUAAGACGAGCUUUUAUAGAGGGAAGAAUUCAAACAAAUAAUAAUGCUUGGUUAAUAGGUGAUAGUGGCUAUCCAAUGGAACCAUGGCUUCUGACACCUAUAUUAGAUGCUCAGCAACAAAAUGAGCAAAACUAUAAUAGCAGCUUGACAUCAACGAGAAUCAUUAUAGAACGAUGUAAUGGACUUCUAAAGUCCCGAUUCAGAUGUUUACACAAGCACAGAGUGUUAAAUUAUUCACCUUAUAAGGCUGGAUUAAUAAUUAAUGCAUGUGCUGUUUUGCCCAAUAUGUGCAUAGCACAUAAAAUUUCUCUUGAUAAGAAUAUUGAUUUAUAUGACGGAAUGACGGGAGAAAUGGAAUUUCCUACAGUAUCCAGACUUGGAGAUGACGUUUCACUUGGCAACAAAGCCAGAGAAAUUCAAAACGACUCCUCAGGAGCCAUUUCAUGUAAAUAUGUAAAUAAAAAUUACACUGUAUAAUAGCUGUGUAAUUAUAAUUAUUUACAAUAAAUAAAAAAUGAUAUAGUUCUUAUAUUUGACUGAUUCUGUAAAUUUUCAACAAUAGCAGCAUUUGUACGAUACUGAAAUAAAAC